CUCAAAAAAAAAAAAAGUACCUGGGUUUUGGUGUCGGCGGGGUUUUCGUAGUUUGCUUUACGGAAAAGAAAAUUUCCCAUCAGAUAUUAGUCGGAGGGAUACACCAUAAACCCUUGCGUCGCCAAUCCAACUGUUUCUUCAACCUCCAAACUAGAACAUAAAUGGUAACUGCGUUGAUAGGAGGAGCGGCUGUUGCUGCUGCUGCUUAUGCUGGUAGAUAUGGCAUUCAGGCUUGGCAAGCAUUCAAAGCAAGACCUCCUACAGCUCGACUGCGUAAAUUUUAUGAAGGUGGUUUUCAACCUACUAUGACCCGGAGGGAAGCAGCUCUAAUACUUGGAGUCAGGGAGAGUGUUCCCAUAACCAAGGUCAGGGAAGCCCAUAGGAGGGUGAUGGUUGCUAACCAUCCAGAUGCAGGAGGUAGCCAUUACCUUGCUUCUAAAAUCAAUGAAGCCAAAGAUACAUUGCUUGGAAAAAUCAGAGGCGGCGGCUCUGCAUUUUGAUGGUACUGGCUAGUGCUAAGGCUCCAAGGGAUUCAGGCUUGGUUCUCAACAUUUGAGUUUUAGGAAUAUCAUCUCUGUUUCAGAUUGACCAUUUAUGGUGUAUAUUAGUGGGGAGUUUCUGUAGAAGCAAAUUCAUAUUAUGAGGAUCCUAUAGCUGGACCACGUAUCGGCAGAAGCCUUGUACUUUUGAUUUCAUGAAUUUGCGGAGCAGGAAUAAGUUCUUUUGUAUUGAUAUUGAAAGGUUCCCAAUUCUUGUCGAUCA